UAAUAUCCUUUCGUUUUACAGAUUUGUUCAACAAUUUUACACAACUAAAUCAAGUACAGUUUUCAAAUCUUGUUAUCAUGUUUCAACAUAACAAAGUAAAAACGAAAAAAUUAAGAAAUCAAUUAGCAAAAGAAUUGAGUUUUGUGAAAAAUGUUUUUUCAAUGUUGUCCAUACCACUGCAAAUGAGAAAUGACGAUGAAGACCUGGAUCUUGAACUAGGCCAAAAGUCUACAGACAAUGAAUGUACUAAAGAUUUACCUAAAAGAGCUUUUACCAUAGCUGAACUGGAAGAAAAAUUGGAAAAGAUGAAGUCAGCAAACAAAUUUACACUUAAAAACAAAUUAGCAAAGAAAAGUUUGAACAGCAAACUUAACAAAAAGAUGAAAAAGAAAGAACGCCUGAAGAUAAAAAGUGUUAAAACUUCUAAUGGCCUGGCUAUGGUUGAAAACAGUGUAUUAGAAAAAACUGAAUCUAAAAAAGUUAAUAUAGCAAAACCAGUUUUUAACAAUGAUGGUAAAUUAGUAUUUUCCAAGUUUGAUUUUGCUAAUAUUGGCCAAAGAGAUAAAAUCACAAAAGUUGGAAAAGAUCCUCAAAAGAUUUUGAAUAACUUAAAGCAACAGGAGGAGAAAAUAAGAAGAUUAGAAGAGACUGAAAAUGACAAAGCUAAGGAGUUUAAGGAAAAGGUGGCAUGGAAAAAUGUGUUAGAAAAGGCUGAUGGACAAAAAGUAAAAGAUGACCCAUCUCUAUUAAAGAAGUCUAUUAAAAAAAUGGAGCAAAAGAAAAAACUCAGCAAAAAACAGUGGGACAGCCGAAUUAAGAAUGUAGAACAAAAGAAGGACGAACGGCAAAAGAAGAGGAAAGAAAACAUUGGUAAAAAGAAGAAAGAUAAAAAAGCGAAGGUUGUAAAAGCCGCCAUUAAAAGAGGUCGUGUCGUUAUUUGAAAUAUUUUUAAUAUAAGUCAAACUGUAAAAGAAUAAAAAAUAUAUUAAAAUGCAU